CAUUCUAGGUGCCGUAGCCUUGCAGCCUUUCUCGGUUUCAAUCCGUCCAAUGCUAGGAAAUUGCUUGUGGCGUAGACCUCUGGCCUUUUGCGUUUUGUCCUAGCCGCAAAGAAAAGCCUCACCUCAUUUUCCAGGAAUUUCUGAAACUCCUCACAAAGGGUUCAACAUAUAAGUAUUCUUGCAAAGAAUUCUACAUGAAGUGUGCAUCAACACCGGUUUGUACUCAAACAGGAGCAGGAAGAGCCUUCUAACAAGCAAUCAUGGGUGCCUGCGCCUCUUCGUCUCGCGGUCGACCAAACCAAGGCAAGAACCAGAAAUCCUCAAAGGUUGCGGCCGUUCCAUCUACCCCUGCGGCUGCCUCGCCUGAGAUGGAAGAGAAAAGCAGAUUCAAAUGGAGGAUCGAUGGCUUCUCCUCGCUUCUUGACAAGCAAAAAGGAUGGACCAACUCCGGUUAUUUUGAGAUCAAGGGGCUUAAAUGGUACCUGCAAUUGAACCUGAAGGACCGGAAGAGUGGUGAUACAAAAGACUACGUUUCCCUUGUCCUUGUGCUGUCAAAAACUUCUGAUCUGAAACCUGACAUCAUCGUUGAAGCAUCGUUCAAGCUCUUGAUAUACGAUCAAGCAUACGGAAAGCACAAAGAACAUGAAGUUAACCACCAUUUCCAGACUGAAGAAAGCAGAAAAUCCAGGGUCUCAUGCAUGAUCCCCGUCGAAACACUGAAGGAACCCUCAUCCGGCUUCGUCAUCGGAGACAGCUGCGUCUUCGGCGUGGAGCUCAUCAAGCUCAGCACCGCUAAGGCCAACCACAGUUCAGACAAGGUGCAAGUAAUUCAGAAGACAAACGGAUUCAGCGCCCGGGAAGCCUACACCUGGGUCAUCGAUGACUUCUUGGCCCUGAAGGGACGGUGCUACUCACCGGAGUUUGAGAUCGGUGGCCUCAAAUGGUACCUGACCAUGUACCCUUCCGGCAUCGACGACAGCGGGGAAUUCGCCUCCCUCUACCUGCAUAUGGCCAAGCCUGACGCUUCCCUCCAGAGCUCAGGAGUGCUGGUAGAGCUCAGCCUGUCCAUCAAAGACCAGGUGACCAGCAAUCGCAACACAAUGACAGGGCGGUGCCAGUUCCUGGCGACGAAGGAAGAGGGAGACGGCUGGGGAUGGGCAAAGUUCAUGGCGGCGAAGUCGGUGGAGGACUGGUACCUCGUGAAGGGCAGCUGUUUAAUCGAGGCAGAUGUUGCCAUCGUUGGCUCGUCCAAGAUGGCGUAGAGAUCCAAAUUGGGAUGUGCAGCGUGGCUUUUGUUUCGUUGAUGCUGUCUGUCUGAACUAUGAAUCUGAAUGUGCUGUCAGUAACAUUGCAAAUGGUGGACAAAUAAUUUGCUGUGACAAUUUAGCA